AUGAUGCAGAGCUCCGGCGAGGCGAGGGAGAUGCGGCCGUUGCCGCAGCUUCCAAGCCCUCAGCUACAGCAAGCGCCAACAACCCAGUACGUGGUAGCUCCAGGCGACGAGGUGCUCAGUUACCACGCCUACGUUGGAAAGCUUCGGAAUCGUGUUGUAACAGUGUCGGUGAUCACUGCAGUGUGCUUCGUGCUCUCCGCGGUUAUCCAGCUGUUUUUUGGCUUGUUAAGCUGGCAAACCUUGCAAAAAAAACUGGACUACUUGGCUGAAGUGGAAGCCAUCCCAGAGUUGAGCUCCUUUCUUCAACUAGCACCGCACAUGCUCCUUACAUCUGCAGUGCCUGCUAUCCUCUAUGCCUUGCUAGCCGGUGGCCUGUUCACCUUGUGUGGCAUGUGUGGUGCCAGAGCAGACAACGAGUGCUGUGCUUGCUGCUAUUGCUGCUGCAACGCAUGCUGUUGUGUACUCUCGAUUGUGUCGUUGCUGCUUUCAGCAGCCCUGAUCAAUGUUAUGUCCACAAGCAGCGACGCCGCCCAGAUCUGGUUCGAGACGUGCGACCCAACACUUUGUUACCCGGCAGGGCACGCCACUGAUCCUAAGAUGACUGUUGACUGCCUUGCGCCUGCUGUUUGGGACGCAUACCGGCCACAGCUUGAUGGUCCCCACCUUCCACAGCAAUGCCCUCCCAUGUACCUCGUGUGCAAGGGUGCAUUCGACGAGGAUGAGCCUAGCAGGGCAAGGAGCCUGAGGAGCCUGGUGCUGGACUGGGCCAUCGGGGCCCUCGUGAACAGCUGGAGCAGCCUGUUAAGCCAAGUGCCCAAAGCUGGCGACGGCUUGGAGAGUCUCGAAGCUGGGAGCACACAGCAAGUGCCCGCAGAGGAUGAUAUGGACGAAGCGACGGCAACCGCAAGCCAGGCGCAAGCAGAAAGCUCAGGGGACGAAGAAUAUGGCUCUGACGGGCAGGAUGGCCAGGAAGCCGACCAAGGGCCACACGAGGACGACUCAGACAUGGGCACUCUUUCCGAGAACAGGCUGGAUGAAUCUGCAGAGGGCGAUGCUGAUGGUCAAGUUGAGGAUGGCAUGGAUGGCGAUGGCAGCCAAGAUCCAGAACCGGAAGAACCAUGGGCAGGAGGUGAGGAGAUUGAAGAUUCGGAUGGCAGCCUUCAAAGGUUAGCAAAGGAAAGCCAAGAUAUGGCGAAAGUCUUGUCCUCUCCUAUGCCUGAUGAUCCUCUCUCAGUGUGCUCACCAUCCAAGAUCAUUUCCUUGUACAACGUGGCACGGGAAGAGGCCCCGGACAUCUUCAAUGCAUGCACCAAUCUCGUCGUCGUUCGCGUCUGCUGCCUCCUGCCAACGCUGGUGCUUUUUGUGUUGGGCUCUGUGUGGGGCCAUGAGCUUUGGACCAAGCUGUCUGCUGGUCAUAUGCAGCCAGCUGUACAGCGUUACGUCUUGUCCAAUGUGCAGAUGACGCACAUGUCGGAGCCGCUGAUGGUGCAAUCUGAUCUGUCUGUGCCUCAGUCUCAGGCGCUGCAGUCGCAGCACGCGCAUCACGCGCCUGACCGCCGACAGGUUCCCCAUGAGAAGGUCCUGGAGAGAAUCCACGGGAACCUCUACUCAAUCGUGGGCGAGGCGGUGGAUGAGAUCAAGAAUGAGGAGCAAAAAUGGAGUCGACAGGAGAUGGUCAAAAGGAUCGUCGGCUACAUUUUCAAAGCCUGCAAGGCACCCGAGCUGCUUCACCAGCCGUGGCAGGAGGUAGCCCGGACUGUGGUCCAGUCUGGGAUGGCGAGCUACCAUGCAGCUUGUGGAGAACGAACUUGGUUUUGGCAGCUUGGCUUGGGCAAUGCCUUCACCUCUGCUGUGUGGGAACUCCUGCAAGUGAGGAGCAGGCCAGCAGCGCACUACCAAGAUGUUCAGGACUUCGUGGUUAAGGAGUUUGAACGGCUCUUGGACCAGACGCUCUUGACGAAGGGGGUCUGGGAUGCUACUGCCUUGACUUUCGGCGACGAAACCGUACGAGCAAAGGUUUACAAGGCCGUUUACAACACGCACCAGACUGCCCUUGAUGAGCUUCUGGAUGACUCUAGACCUAUAGAUGAUGCCCGGAAGGUGGAAAAAUUCACCAGAAGGUGGCUAGAAGCAAGCAUGCAGCGAGCAUGGAGCUCCAUAGAAAAUGUGGAGACGGUGCUUACACCUGGGCAGGUCACCCGGCUUUUCCAGAAUUUGAUGGCACCUUUCGGGGAGGGGCACGAAUACACCUGUAUCCCGAUAACGCUCAUCGAGACCAUCGGCAGACCUCCACGCAACUGGAAGUUCUUGAAGAUGGCUGUCCAGGAUAUGUUUCGCGAAUGGAAGGAGGGGGCAGCUACCGCACGGCCAGCCAAGCGCAGAAAAGCCCCCGCUCCCAUCACGGAUGAGACGACCCCAGAGGAGGAUGGCGCCAGAAUAGAAGCUGAGGAGGUCACCCCGAACGGGACAAAUGGGUCUGCCGCUCACGAGGAGGACAUGGAGGACCAGCUCUCCGAGCCCAAGGACAUAGAGCCAAAAACAGAGGAAGAUGCAGAUGAAGCAGUGAUGGGCCACCCUGAGUGCACUUCGGCAGAAGAAUGCACGGGCGGCCCCCACCUGUCACUGGUCAGGCAUCUUGUAGAGGAGGAUGACCCGGGGGAUGUUUACUGUGAGGCAUGCUGGGCUGGGUAUGUGGAAGAGAAUCCGGACCUCAUGGGUGUAUGGGAGGCACGGGCAAUCAAUGCGUUUCCUCUGCAACUCAUCCGAAAGCUGCAUAUGCAACGUUUGCAUUUCUCUAUGAUGCAGAAUGGUGAUCGAAUCGUGAAGCUGGGGCUCUCCAUCUCCUGGCGGGAGAAGGUUGGGCCAGACUUCGCCUCAUGUGCCGUUGCGCCGCCGGCGCUAAAGGAUUACGGCUACGAAGAUCUCAAGGUCAUCGGUCGGGGCCAGUAUGGCAAGGCAGCGUCCGGUAUGGCGCAUUUGGUUCGCAGCGAGGGCGAUGAGCAGUACUACAUUGCCAAGACUAUCGACCUCACCUGCCUCUCUGCCAAGGAGCGGGAAACCGCAAAGCAGGAGGUUGCUCUUCUCAGUCGCCUGAACCACCCGAACAUAGUGUCGUACAAGGAUAACUUCUUCAUGGGUGCCAACCAGGAUACCCUGGUCAUCAUUAUGCAGUACUGCGAAGGAGGUGAUCUGGCCACCUACAUCAAGGACAUGCUCAAAAAGAAGACGCGAAUUGAUGAGUACCAGAUCAUGCACUACUUCGUGCAAAUUUUGCAGGCCUUGCAGUACAUCCAUGGGGAACGCAUCCUGCACAGAGACCUCAAAACGUCGAACCUUUUCCUCAUGAAGAGCAAGUCUGUCGUGAAGCUGGGAGACUUUGGCAUCUCAAGGGUCCUGGAGGGCUCCAUCGAGGCUGCCAUCACUGUAGUUGGAACACCGUACUACAUGUCUCCAGAGGUAUGCGAAAACAAGCCCUACACGUUCAAGAGCGAUGUGUGGUCUUUGGGAUGCUGUUUGUACGAGCUGUGCAUGCUCAAGCAUGCCUUUUCUGCCGACAACCUCCUCGGGCUUGUGUACAAGAUCGUCAGCGACAAGUAUGAGCCGAUCCCAGAGCGCUACACUCCGCAGCUCAACACGCUGAUUCAGCGCAUGCUGGAGAAGAAUGCGGAACAGCGACCAAGCGUCAGGGACCUCCUUGCCGAUGCCUACGUGCAGUCCUUCAUGAAUGCAGCCGUGCAGAAUCGGCAUACAAGCCCAAAGCUGAGCACUGGAAGCAUUGCCAACGCGAGUAGUACAGUUUGCCCUUGA